AUGCUGAUUAUCAUUAUUGCAUUUCUACAAUCAUUUAUUUCAAUUACUAACCAGCAACAAUACCAGGUUGAAUUUAAAUUAACUUCGUUUGGCUUAAGAUUUCAAUAUCCUAAUAUUAGUGAUCUUUAUUCGGUCCAGUCAAAUGUUUUUUCAACUAUUCGCUGUGCCAUGACCUGCUCAGCUGCGCAAGAAUGUCAAACAUUUGAUUAUGACACUUCAUCUAAUGUCUGCCGCCUAUUUUCUAUUUGGUCCUAUCAAGGUACAAUUGUUGCAUCGACAUCAUCAACUUCACUAGUCGGUUAUGUAAAACAAACAAUUGGCCUUUAUUCGUUAUAUGGAAAAUCAUGUAAUUCCUCAAGGGAUAUCAAUCGAUAUUUGUUAUGUACAAGUGGUAACCUUUGGUCCUGUCGAGCCCAACUGGUGUACAAUGGAUCAGCCUGUCAAAGUGAUGUUGCCUAUAGUUACACUACAGCAAGCUAUCAACAAGAAUGUCUACAGAAUCAAACAAUGGUAUGGAAUGGAACAAGUUGUUCACCAGCUGUCGUAACAUCACUAAAAUGGAACGCCACUGGUAUAACUGUAGCUGGUGUAACUGCCAUUUCUGGUACCACUCCAAAUAAACUCAAUAAACCUCAGGGUUUAAGUAUUGAUUCCAACGGUACACUCUACAUUGCAGAUCAAAAUAAUUGUCGAGUCCAGAAGUGGCUCAGCGGUGCCUCCAAUGGAACAACGGUGGCGGGGCAAUCCAACGGUACUUGUGGUAGUGGACCUUCGCUUUUACAGACACCUCAAGGUGUUAUCGUCGAUUCCAAUGGAAAUGUUUAUGCGGUAGAUACUUAUAAUAACAGAGUGCAAUUGUGGUCAUAUGGUGCUUCCUUUGGUAAAAUGGUGGCCGGGACAGGCAUAAGUAAUUCCGGAAACAAUCAAUUAUCUUUCCCGCGAAAUAUAGCAAGGGAUCCAACUACUGGCACACUCUACAUAUCGGAUACUUGGAACAACCGCAUCAUGCGUUACCUUGUCAAUGCAUCGUCGGGUACUGUAGUUGCUGGAGGCAAUGGAUCAGGCACAAAUCGUACACAGUUAUAUUAUCCGAUAGGCAUAUAUUUGGAUGUAGCAUCAAAUAGUCUAUACAUUGCCAAUUCUUAUUGCAAUAAUAUUGUUCGUUGGGUAAUAGGUGCUACCAGUUGGACAUUAGUUGCAGGUGAUAUCAACGGGAGGAGUGGUAAUUCGUCAACAAUGCUGUUUUAUCCGUAUGGUGUUGAAGUCGAUUUCAUGGGCAAUAUUUACGUGGCUGAUAGCAGUAAUCAUCGAAUCCAACUUUUUCAAGCUGGUUCAAUGAAUGGUACAACAAUAGCAGGCGUUACUGGAGUUGUCGGUUCUGAUCCUCAUCACCUUAAUUACCCAUAUGCUGUAAAACUUGAUUCUCAGCUUAAUUUAGUUCAGAAGUGGCUUAGCGGUGCCUCCAAUGGAACAACGGUAGCGGGACAACCCAACGGCGUUUCUGGUAGUGUACCUUCGCUUUUACAGGCACCUGCAAGUGUUGUCGUCGAUUCCAAUAGAAAUGUUUAUGUGGCAGAUACUUCGAACCACAGAGUUCAAUUGUGGUCAUAUGGUGCUUCUUUUGGUACAAUGGUAGCCGGGACAGGUUUUAGGGGUUCCGCAAACAAUCAACUAAAUUAUCCUCGGGAUAUAACAAGGGAUCCAAAUACGGGCACAUUGUACAUAUCGGAUUGUUCGAAUCACCGCAUUAUGAGUUACCUUGUCAAUGCAUCGUCGGGCACUGUAGUUGCUGGAGGCAAUGGAUCAGGCACAAAUCGUACACAGUUAUGUUAUCCGCAGGCCAUAUAUUUGGAUGUAGCAUCAAAUAGUCUAUACAUUGCCAAUUUUUAUUGCAAUAAUAUUGUUCGUUGGGUAAUAGGUGCUACCAGUUGGACAUUAGUUGCAGGUGAUAUCAACGGGAAGAGUGGUAAUUCGUCAACAAUGCUGCAUUAUCCGUAUGGUGUUGAAGUCGAUUGCAUGGGCAAUAUUUACGUGGCUGAUACCUAUAAUCAUCGAAUCCAGUUUUUUCGAGCUGGCUCAAUGAAUGGUACAACAAUAGCAGGCGUUACUGAAAUUUAUGGUUCUGACCCUUAUCACUUGUAUUAUCCAUUUUCUCUAAAACUUGAUUCUCAGCUUAAUUUGUACGUAGCGGAUUGUUCCAAUCAUAGAGUUCAAAAAUUUCUACACUACUGA